AUGGAUCAGACCGUCAUCAAACGCAAUUUGACGACGCCUAGCGCUCCAAAAGAUUCAGGAUACGACUCGGACCUCACUGACCUAUCGGAUUUAACCGUGUAUUGCCGACGAUCCCAAGUCGCUCAUCAUCUGCACCGCGUUUUCACUGCCCCAUCUGCAACCCAAAUUCGAGUCGAUUUCGACCUCGCAGUCGCCUUUUUUUUACAACACACCAAACACCUCAACCUAGGUGAUAUCCCCUUUAGCAUUGAGAAGGUGUUGGCCGACUUUUCAAUUCUUGAUCCACUCACCGGACGACAGGCCAACCUCCGUUAUUGCACAGUUUACAUCAAGCACACGCUUGAUGCCCAUGCAGCUGAUCCCCAAUCGUCCAAACCUUUUGCACUCCGCUACCCAAACCUCACUUCUCUCAACAACCUUGCGAUCGAACGUUCGGUGGCUCCCAAAAUAGUUGGGAAGGAUGGGGCGGUUAUUCUCCUGGAUGUGGCUGGCCGAGUGGUUGCAAUUGGCGUUCCUCCAAAAAAGGAAAGCCCAAUGGGAACGACCCUCACCGGAACGGAACGAGGCCGACUCGCUCUCGCAGGCGCCGCCGAGGUUACAAACCUUGGAGUUUUUCAUGGCCCUGCAACGAAGGACAUGAUAGAUCAGACCCCAACUCGGCCGUUUGAAGUUCGCGACGAUGCAAGCUCUCGAUUAAGUGGGGCAGAUUCGUCUCAGGUUCAAUGGCCUGGCACGGUCACUGGGUUCAUGCCGUACCAGGCUGUGGGCUAUGGUAGAUACUCCUCGCUAUCGGCCGGCAUGUCCAAUACCAACAUGGCCUUUGGUAAAGCACGGCAGGGCCAUCCGGAUUCCAACUGGCAACAAACCAAAGUCACCGAAUUCAACCUGCCCACCUUGAUCCAGAUGGGUCAGGAGCACGCUUACAAGCGUGAGACCAAUGCUAGGGUGGAGUCGGAGCUACUUUGGCACCACGAGCAGGCACGCCUGCUCAUCAAGGCAUUUCAGCCUGCUUCAUACGACGCAGCCUUGCAAUCGCUUCGCGUUAUCAUCCGAAAAGGAACGCCGGCUGCUUCGCGGGUUUUCACUGGCCUCGUUCAUCCAAUUGGUAUUGGGAGGCACACCAUGCUUGGCAUGCAAGUUGACCACCAUCGGGAUGGACACAAUGCCCCUUUGUUUGCAUCUGCGAACUUCUUUGGCCAACACUACGGAGGUGGGGAAUUGAUAUUGAACUACCUGGGUUACGCCCUUUGUGGAGACCCCGGUUAUUCUGUUCAUGCAGCCUUUGAUAUUCUCAUGCAUGGGGUUACUAGGAUCACGCGUCUUCCCAACAAAGCUGACCUUCCACCUCAGCGAAUCUGCAUGGCACUCUACAGCCAUUCAGAUGUCUUUGCUGGGGCGGCUAGGUAUUCAGGAAUGCAACAAAGGCCAAUGGUCUUCAGCGACAGUGCGCUUUGGAUUCCGUUUUAUCCAGACGCCUUUGAGAUAUCCAAAAUCAUUGCAUCUUUCCUUGCUGAAAAGAAGAGGCUAGAUAAAAAAUACCUAGCGGAGAAGAAGCAGAAGAAGCUUGAAGAGGCAGGGUGCUAUGAAUAA